AUGUCCCUUGAACAAUAUCAACAACUUGCAAAACAAGAACAAGAUGAAAUUCCAAAAUCAUUAAUCCCCAAAGUGAUUCAUAAUUUAAAAUUACUGGGCCAUUUCCUUUUCAAUUCAAAACAUACAGAAUUAGAAACCCUAUUAAUCAAUGAUGAAUCAACUUUCGCUUCAGAUUUAACUCAGACUUAUGGCUUUACUCAACAUUAUGAACAAUAUGGAGAAAUAUUUUGUUUGAAAAUCCCACAUCCAUUACGUACCCAAUUGAACAAUAGUGCUAUUUCCAAAGAAGUUGUUAAUGAAUUAGAAUCUAAAAUCAAUGAAAUCCCAGUGAUUGUAUUCAUUCAUGGUCUUGGUGGUAAUUUACAACAAUUUGAUGAAGUUGUUAGGAAAUUUGCAGGGUUAACUGAUAUCUUUGCAGUGGAUUUACCUGGAUCUGGGAAAUCAAAAGCUAAACAAGGUUUAAAAUUAACUCUUGAAAAUUUCACAAAUUUUGUUAAAGAGUCAUUAGAUACUAAUGGGUUCAUUGGAAGAGAGAUCAUUAUUGUUGCUCAUUCUUAUGGGACUCAAGUUGCCCUUAAAUUGGCAGAAAUAAAUGAAAUCAAUUUGAAAGGGUUGGUUUUAUUAGCACCACCCAAGAUUCCAUUGAAAAGAACAUGGAAGGAGAACUUCUUCUUAGGGUUAUUUCUGAAAAUUCCAUGGCUUUUUGAAUUUUUCAGAAAAUUGGAUAGGUUUAACAAUAUUCAAUCAUUAUCAAUGAAGAGAUUAUUUUCAAAUCCUGAAACUCCAGAAUUUCUAAGAUUGAAACAGUUUAGAUUCAAUUUAUUAACAAAUUCAACCAAUUUUUUAAACCAUGCGAAAAGUUGGAUACCACUUACUAUUAGUGAAGUUAUUGACGCAUCUCAAACAAUUUCAAACAAUAAUGGUUCAAUUCUAAUUGUGGAUGGGUCAGAUGAUAAAGUUACACAUGACGGUGGUGCAUCAUAUCAUGAUUUGUUAGGUAACAAUAUUUCACAAUAUCAGAUAUUGGAGAAUGCUGGUCAUAAUUUCAUUUUAGAAUCUUUUGAGACUUUAAAUCCAUUACUUGAAAAGUUCUUUGUAUCUUUAGACUCAAGACUAGACAGUGAUUAUCCAAACAAAUUGAGAUCUGAGUUUUCAAAAAGAUCAAUAGCUUAG